ACGAACCUUCUCUUCAUCCACGCUGUCAUCAUGCGUCCUUUUCCGCAUUGGUUAUUUGGCAGUACGUUUGAAGCCGGCAUAAUUUGUUCAUCGAGAUAUACUCUUUAUUCUGUGGUUGUUUACUGCAAUAAGAUAUAAAAAGAUACAGCUUGCGGAAUUGAUAUAAACGCGCUCGAAAAUAAUUGUUUUGUUGCGCUAAAUUACACAUAAAGUUAAUAGAAAAUGGCUGAAAUGUAUCGGGAAGUUCCUGUCUUUCAACAAAGUGUUGGUGGUGGAAGCCGAUCAAAAUCUAUCAAUAUAUCAUCAGCAGGUGGUUAUCAUGCGAUGUUGGUGGAUUCCAAGACAUCUGAAAUUGCAGGCGGAUUCAGAUUCGACCACUUUAUCAAAGGCGUUUCUAUGUUAAAACGUUUCAUUUAUUGGCGAACGAUCAGAGAAUCAAUUUUUUUAACUGAAACAUGUUUGGAUACAAACCAAGUUAGCUAUGAAUUAAAAAUAACUUUUGAAGCAAGUCCUAUACUCGCAGUAGAAUGUUACAAAUCAACCAAUUCAUCACUGCUACUGAUUUUCGUAACCACUACAUCCAUUCAUCGAGUUUCCUUUGAAAUGCCUUCAUCCACGGAUACUCAAUUAUAUACUGAGCAAGAUUCAAUCCUUCUUCAGAUAAACGAAAGUAUGUUAACUGAUCCUCUGCAUUGUUACACUUUCAUCAACGAUAUAGGUCCAGCGGUUCCAGUUGCUGCAACCAUUGCUAAUUCCAGCGAUAAUUUGACUAGUAAAAUAGCCAUUGCAUGCGCCAACUCUCUUCAUCUGUUGGGGCUACGAAUAGAAGGGGCAAGAGUGAAGGUGCAAUGCUCUGAACUAGCCCACAAUCCGUUAACAUUUUCUAAAUUGAUCCAUUCAAUCACCGAUUCAUGGCGUGGAAAAUCCUAUACAAGCCAGGUGGUGGCUAUGUCGUUUGACACACAAACUUUAAAAGAGCAUCAAUCGUUUCUCUAUACGUUGCACCGAAAUGGUGCUUUGCGUGUUUGGUUACUUGGAGGUCGAUGUUUGGCAUCGGAAUAUUUGUCCAAAUUAACCCAGGGCAGUGAAACAGAAUUUCAUACUUGCAUUUUACGGAGUUCAGGCUCGUUGGUGGCACUUUACUUUUCGUUUCAGACAUUUUCUGAAUUCGUUAUAAUAAGUCCGGAAAUAUCGAUGGAUUCCGUCACUGGAAACAUAUCAUCUGUAGUACUAAAAAAAAUAAGUACUAUUCUGGCCCCAAAUUACGAUCUUAUCGAUUUCAAGCUUUGUGAUGAACGCUUAUGGACCUUAUGGUGCAACGCCGAGGGUGAAUCACAGGCAUUGUUUUAUGAUUUAAGCACAAAGGAUACAGGGAUCGUAGCGCAAAACCAGUGGUCGCCGAUAAUUUUGGAAAAUAUUAGUGAUAAAGAGCAUUCUUCAUUUGAAGUUGGUGUGGAUCUAAAAGAUGUUUAUUGCAGCCGCAUCUUUCAGUCUGGAAGUUUUUCAGAUAAAGUUAUCAGAAAAUCGCUCACGAUGUUCAAUCGUAAUACUUCAAAUAUAACAGCGAGUUCAACAGCUAUCAAUUACAAUAUGUUAAGAUUGAAAAGAUAUGCACUUACUUGUAUUGAAAGCCAAUUACAACAAGAGUGUGCAACUAUGCGACAAAACGGUCCGUUGGAUAAUGACCAAAUACAAGAAAUAUCAAAUGGGCUGUGGGAAAAAUUUUAUCUUUAUUGCAUCCAGUACCGUUUCGAAUCAUCCCGCCCUAUUGGAUUAUUCAUUUGCGAAGGAGUGCAUAAUGAAAAGUCCUUAUAUCCUUGUGUAAAAUUCACUGGCAUUAUAAGAAAAAAAUAUGUCAGUUUCUUCCGCGUUUGUGACGAUUUAGAAGCUGCAUUUUACUUUCCGUUGUGUUACGACAAUUUUUCGCCCGGUUCAUCUAACGAUAGUUCUUUGAAAGAAAAUCCGGAAAUGACGAUACUGGUUGCAUUUUUGAGCGAAAUAGAACAAACACUCACAGCAGAACAAAAACACAAACUAGACAGUUUCAUACAUCAACGACGGGAAAAUGAAUCAAGCGAAAUGUACAUAUCGUUUAUCGAAGCUACACAAAACAAAUUGCUCAUUCAUAAUUUAUUGCCCGCAUUUUUGCAACGUAUUUCCAACCUGCCCAGAGCGAUCGAGACAUUGCUUCAGUAUUUAACACCUAUGCAUAAGGAUGAUUAUUUGUCUUCAUGGCAGAAAGAAUCGUCCGGCCUUCUUGCUGUUUGCAACAAUUACGAAUUAACCAGUGAAAUAGUAUUAACAACCGUGAAGCAAGCGAUACAGCUGCGUUAUUUGCUGCUCCGCAACCUUCUGCUGUUGCAAAAUAUGAUCACUCGUCACUGUAAUUUUCACUACUACAUCAUCGAUGCAAUACAGUCCACCAUUGGUCCAGAUACUGAGAAUAUAUUACGUUGCUAUCAUGUUAUGAACUGGAUAGCCCAAACUCGUCUUGAUAUCGAUUGGACAAAAUGCAACAAAAUAGCUAUUACGCUUCCAUUAAAUAUACGUACGUCAUUGACAUUGUUACAAGCGUAUGCAAUUACUCAGAUGAACGAAUUAAUAUCGCUGAGUCGUACAACUCAUGCAGAGCAUACUGUUACAUCAUCAUCCUUAAUACAAAAAGCUAAUAUUGUAAUUGCUUUCAUUUGUCCCUCGAGUGAUGAUUUCUUGUUCGGUGAAUGGUUGUCACAGAAUGAUUUGCAUGUGCAUGUUGACGAGUAUGUUCGCUUGUUAAGCAAUUGGUGUGAGUGGAAUAGCUGUUCUAGAAAUUUCAUUAAAGCUAAAUCAUGCCUCUCGCUAGGGGAUACAUCCAAAGCGCUUGAUCUGUUUCCGUUAUCUCUGAAAGGAAUUCAAAAUGAGCGUAUUUUAAAAAAGUUCUGGUGUCAAGAUGAAAACAACCCCAUUGCAUCUAAUUGCGCAGCGCUAACAGCGUUUUAUCUUAAACUCAUUCGUUUAUUUCAAAAAGACGGCGCUUACGACGGUGUACUAAAGCUGGUGCACUCAGGAAUCGAUAAUACGAUUGAUCCAAUGCAACAGACUAUGUUUCAGAGUAUCGAAUUCAGCUGUCAUAUUGAGUUGAGUCACUACGAAGAAGCAUACAAUGCUCUCAUAAAAAAUCCAGAACCUGCACGCAAAAAAGAUUGUUUGCGGCAAUUGAUAUGUUUGCUGUUCUCUGUGCGUCGUUUAGACAUUCUUCUAGAUUUGCCAUACUAUGGAUUGGAAGAAGAGUUCACUAAUAUUGUGGGCAUGAGUGCACGCUCUGCGGAUAUUGCCGAUUGCUUACAGUACAAUUUUUUGUACUCGUUUUACGCGAAACAAAUGAAUUUACGUAAAGCUGCCAUUGUAGCGUACGAAGAAGGAAUGCGGAAUUAUUUAGAAUGCAAUAGUUUCAACCAUUUGAAUAGGUAUUAUUGUUGUCUUAUGAAAUGUUUGAAUUCACUUUCCGUUAUCAAAGAGUCAUACGCAUGGAUUGUACACCCUAUUAUAGAACAAGUUGAGGCACCCACUGCUAUAAAAGAAGACAUAAUUGACAUCGUUGACAAAAAACGGUUAGAAGAACAAUUGAUAACUACACAAUGCGCUCUUCAAUUAUCCGUGUAUAACGAAGGAUUCAAGCUCGUAACAUCUCUUGAUGCGAUGAAUUUAAUUUCUUUAUUGGUGAAACGUACACUGUACCGUUCUGCAUUGAAAUUAGCCCGUUGCCGUAUGCGUUCCAUGAUCCCCACCAUUUAUGAACAUAUAACGAGCUCUUGUAUCGCAGCAUCUUUCGCUCCCGAAGCGGCUGGCUCAAAUUUUGAUAAUACUAUAGAGUGUGGAUUGCCUUGGUUGAACGAUAACUGUUUAUCUGAUUUAGUUGUUCUCUCCGACAGCACUACAACUGCAUGGAAUUAUUUGCGCCUCACAUUAGAACAAGAAAACGAAGACCUAGUUAAUGACGCUUAUUUGGCAGUUUUUAAUCGUAUUCUUUCAAGAUGUGCUUAUAUUCCUACAUGGUUGAAGAAAUGGUGCUUCGAAAAUAUACCCACGCAAUUUAUCCGUGCUUAUUUACGUCACGGACGUUUAGAUGAAGCGUAUGAGUAUACAAUCGAAUUGUUUAAAACUAGAUUUUUCAGCACUGGCCGAUUCAAUCAGCAUACUAUUUUUCCUUUAUCAUUGUGUGAAUAUCUAUUAUAUGAGCUGGAGACGUCAUCAGAACACAACAUGGAAAGGCAACUAGAAGAUCGAAACACAUAGAAACUAAACAGAGCUAUGUGAAGGAUUUGAUAGAAAAGAAAACAGUGACCCUGCGGUAUUGUCCCACUGAAGAGAUGACGGCUGAUAUAUUGACCAAACCUUUAGGAGCAACAAAACAUUAUAAGUUUUGUAAGGUUAUGAAUCUUUCCUAAACUAUGUAAACGUUGAGGAGGAGUGUUAGUAUUAAGCAACGUUUAUUAAGCAAGAUUUGACACCUCCUAUGAUUCGACACGUCUGUGUGUCGAACGUUUAGUUUGGCAUCACUGCCUAGUACUAUAUAAGAGCUCCGCGUUAUGAACUUCUGUAUUGUAUCCUUCCAGCAACUGUACAAUAAAGAACUGUGAACUCAACGUGUUUUCCGCAUUCCAAAUUAUUUAACAAAAACAACCGUACACAUACAACUACACAACAUCGUGUAGGAG